GAGCUUAUAAUGACAAUGUUACUGAUUGUGGAAUACCCAAGAUGAGGCUGACCUGAUUUGGAGACGUUACCGGUCGUGACUAGGGUUAGAAGCAGCCGUGUAAUAGGGUAACAACAACAGUGUGAUCAUCCAAGUAUGGUGGAGACUAUGAACCCUCUGGAGGGGGAGACGAGGUUUGACGAAGCGAGGUACGAGGACCGAUACCGCUCAGACCAUGACAUGGAAUACCUUAAUGAGGCGAUGCCUGACAUGCACGGGACGGGUGAGUUCCGCUAUUGUGCUGGGUGUGGUUGUAGGAUAGAUGACAGAUAUUUCUUAAUGGCGGCCGACAAACACUGGCACGUACAAUGUUUACAGUGCUACGACUGUAAGCUGCAUCUUGACAACGAACUCACGUGCUUCGUGCGAGAGGGGAACGUUUACUGUAAAGAAGAUUAUUACAGACGUUUUUCAAUUAAAUGCUGUGCAAAGUGUCGUCAUGGUAUUGCGGCAAACGAGAUGGUGAUGCGUGCACGAGACUUUGUAUAUCACGUGACUUGUUUCACGUGCUUUUUGUGCAAUAAGACUCUACUGCCCGGAGAUUAUUUCGGUAUGCGGGACAAUAUGAUAUAUUGUCGUGAGGACUAUGAAAACAUGAUGCAGGGUGCGCCCCAGGGGCAGGGACUCCAACCUUCUACUAGCCCGGGGGUAAUGGGCGGACCCGGGCUUGAAAACAUUCCAUUUUUUCCUACAGAAACAAAAAGAACACAAAAGGGUCGACCAAGAAAAAGAAAAAUCGCCGCACCUGAUAAUGGAUACAGAUCCAUGGGAUUUAUGCCCGGGGACCCAGAUGCGCCUCGAGAUGGAACAAUUGGUCCAGAUGGUUACAUCACAUCUGGGCAACCUCGGCAGAAGCGGGUUCGAACCUCAUUCAAGCACCACCAGCUGCGUGCUAUGAAAUCCUACUUUCAACUUAAUCACAACCCCGACGCCAAAGAUCUCAAACAGCUUGCCCAGAAAACGGGGCUCUCAAAGCGGGUUCUACAGGUUUGGUUCCAAAAUGCUCGCGCAAAAUAUCGACGACAUGUUCUGAAACAAGAGCAGACGAAAGGAGACGGUCAAGCGGUCACCGACAGCGAAUUUCGGUUGAGUGACGACGAGAAAACAGACGAUAAAACUUACACGGAAAUGAGUAAUAAUAGUUCAUCGUCGUUGUCGGACAUGAGUUCUACGCAGUCACUUCCGGACAUGCCCGCCGGAAUAACUGAAUACGACCAACAAAAUGGCGGACUGUCGGAACUAUUUACAAAUUCAAUAUCUGCGAUAAAUUAACAUGAAAACAAAAAACAAAACAAAAAUCACAAAAAAUAUGCGAAAUGAACUGGUGAUAUAGAUUAUACAAAAGAAGUCCACAGUAAUAUUACAUUCACUGAGAUGGAUUUAUUUAUCGGGAAUCUUUUAAAAUGGAACUUUUUCAGAGAUCAACGGUUCUGGAGUAGUAAUUCUUGUGCUCAAAACUAUUAUUUAAGAAAUUGCAGAUGACCGCAUUGUGCACACUUUCUCUGACGUUCUCAUGCGCGAGUUGUUAUUCCGGAAAUGUCAACAUUACCCUGCAUUUUCGACUGAUGGAAACUUUGCGGAUUAAAUGCACAAUGUACUUAUACAAAUAUUUAUGUCUUUUUCGUUAAUAUUGACAAGAAUGCACUUUUUAUAUUUACUACCGAACGUGUACGAGAAGAAUUCCAAAAACAAAAACAAAAAGUCGACAGACGAUGGAAAA